AUGUUCGCCAUGUCGCACCAUACCUACGCCUACGCGGCGCCAUCAACUCAAGCCCCUACAAGGCAUUACUCCAACCACAGCACCAGCAGCGCCUUCAGCAGCUCCGCGAACCCCGACGAGGACUGGACCAAAAUCUCGGAUCUCGCCGAGCGCAGGAGGAUACAGAACCGCAUUGCUCAGCGCAACUACCGCAAGAAGCUCAAGAAGCGCUUGGAGGACCUGGAGAGGCGGGCGGGAACCUCGGAGGAGGCUUUGUCAUCUGUGAACGAGAAGCCGAGCCCACCAACCAAGACCAAGCGCACACAGACCACCAAGGCGCAGCAGAGGCAGUCACCGCCUGCUCCCGUGAAGCCGGCAAUGCAGAGUCAAUAUACGCCCCCCAUGCACCACGACGAUGAGUACCUCUUCCCACCAUGCUACGACGAGCGCCAGCGGUCGCACAGCCCUCCCAUGUUCACCUACUCCACGUAUCCGCCCCCGCCCGAGGAGCAGAUGAUGAUACCGCCAUUCGGGGCUGUACAGAGUUACCGGCCUAUGCCGGCCGAAUCCUACCCUGAGUACCUCUCGCCAACGCCAGUUCCAAUCCCGGUGGCGCUGCCGUCCAUGACGCAUUUUAGCGACGCCAUAAAGCGGGAGACGGCUUACCCCGGCGCGCCGGUGGACGAGGGUCUGCCGCCCUUCAUGAACUACAACAACUACUCUCUCCCGGGCAUGGACAUGAGCGCUGGCCACGCUUCACCCUACGAUCAGUUGCCACAUACUCCGCCUCUCUCACAACACUCGUACGACCACUCGGCGGCCUGCUCGGACUCGGGGAGCUACGACGCAUACCCAACAACGCCAUUGUCUAUGCCGGGCUCACCCAGUCUGGUCCAGCACUCGUAG